AUGGAGGUAGACAGGACAUUGUAUGUAUCUAAUAUCCCGCCAAAAGCCACAGAGAUUUUGGUUUACGAGCUUUUUCUUCAGGCUGGACCCGUCGAAAAUGUAUCACUGAAGGAUGGCUAUGGCUUCGUCACUUAUGAGGACGAAGAAUCAGUCUUGUAUGCAUGUUCACUGUUUGAAGGAAUUAGACUUUACAACUAUGAGCUAAAAAUUAAACCUCGUCAGGGCUCUAAGUAUGAAAAUUAUCCAAUUAAGUCAUAUCCUCCGUACACUUGCCUUCUAAGUUACUCUACAAAUUCUCCCGAUGAGUCCCGUGAAUUUAGUCAUCGUCCCGAAUACCGCUACCCGAAUUACAAUAUGGAUUACGUGCCAAGGAUGCAGAUGACUUUCACUCCAACAUACUCCGUCCCCCGAUUACACAACAUGAAUUGUGGUAUUGGACUUGUAGAGAAUAUAUUUAUUGUAACCUCGGGCAAGGGGGGGGUCGGGAAGUCCACCAUAGCUUGCCGGUUAGCGAUGGGGCUCGCCAACCAGAACCUCAAGGUUGGACUUUUGGACUUGGAUCUAUGCGGACCCUCAAUUCCCAGAAUCAUGGGACUCUGCGACGCAAAUGUUCAGCAGUGUUCCGAGGGCUGGCUCCCCGUCGUGGCGGACAAGGUGGCAAAAAACAUAUUUGUUAUGUCGAUCGCCUUUCUGGUGUCUGAUAAAGAUUCUGCAGUCGCGUGGCGUGGCCCACGAAAAGAUGCUAUGAUCGACCAAUUUCUUUCAAAGGUUUGUUGGGGUUAUUUGGAUGUCUUGGUAAUUGAUACACCUCCUGGCACAUCGGAUGAACAUAUUUCUGUGGUCGAAAAAAUUCGGAAAUACGCGAUCGACCGUCUACGAGGUGCUAUCAUUGUUAGCACGCCUCAGCGGGUGGCAAUUUGCGAUGUUCGAAGGCAGUUGACAUUUUGCAGUAAAGUUGGAAUUCCUGUGGUUGGGCUGAUUGAAAACAUGAGUGGAUUUGAGUGUCCCAACUGCAAGGAGUCGAUCUAUCUCUUCGCCUCUGGUGGUGUGGAGGCCCUAGCCAAGGAGAGAGGUAUCUACUUCCUUGGCCGUCUCCCUCUUGACUGCCAAAUUACAAGAAUCUCCGACCAAUCAGGUACAUUUGUGGAGAAAUCACAGCUGGCUCUGCCAGCAGACUCGCCAAUUCUGGUUUACAUUUUGCCUAAAUACUUUGGAGCUGAGAGGGUGACAUCUUAG